CCUCCAUCCAAUCAGCACAGCCCGAACAAGAGUCAUGUUUCCUCGUUCCUCUGUCCUUAUAUGGCAGAAGUAGGCUGGGACUCCAGGAAAAUGGUGGCUUGGAAAUACUGACAGCUUGUGUGAAGAGAAGUAUAACAAUAGCUUGAAUUCAGAAGUCAGAAGCUCACAGCGAUGGCUGACGCCGGGCAAAUCAGAAAGACAGCGGUCAAGGUGCUGGGCUGCGUGGAGAAAGUAUCCUCUUUCGCCUCGUCCAUCAAUCCCCUCUUCGGCAUCGUCUCCUCCCUGGUGGGGGUGGUGCGCAUAGGCCUGGUGGGCGAUGAGGCGCACGCCCUGGACAAGGACUUCCAGGUGGUGCACGGCAAGCUGGAGAGCAUCUCUGCGAAGAACCGCCAGUGCCUGCGGCAGAUUCGUGUGGACGAGGUCAAUGAGACAUUUGGUAAGUACGAGGAGUACAUCAAGCACCAGUACGCCGCCUUUAGCUCCAUGGUGGCGUUGGUGAGGAAGGACCCAGAGGGAGCGCGGCGCCACAUGGCCAAAUUCGAGUGGGUCUAUGAGAAGGACAAGAGCGACCUGAGCCUGGACGUGUACUACCGGGGAGUAAUGGGCACCGGGUCGGUGUUCGGAAGGCCCCUGCUGAAGGUGUACCUGGAGCACUGCAACGGAGACCGCAGGGUCAUGGAGCACUGGUGCUCCCAGGUGGGACACCUGUUCCACAUCGGCCUGAUCGCCCUCAUGGCCUACACAGCGGUGACAGAGGACGACGAGGACGAGGUGCGAGAGAAGUGGACCAAGCGUGUGGAGGACAUCCAAGCCAAGAUGCAGGAGGUUUUGAGUCAGUGCAAAGAGUAGGAGAGGAGUCUUCCCUAAAGCUUGGGGAAGGGGAGAGGUGGGGGCCCUGUCCAGAAAUUACCCUUACUCCCAGUCCUGGAGUGCUACCGGGUGUGUAGUAUGUCCUGGGUGUUCCUACCCUGCUCUAAUAUAUCUGAUUCUACUAAUCAGCUGCUGAUCAUGGGCCUAAUUAGCUGAACCAGAUAUGUUAGAGUAGGGAUGGAAUAAAAGCCUGCAGACCCAGUAGCUAUUCAGUAAAAAGUCACCCCUGCUCUAACUCAUUUUUAGAACUGGAUAGGUACAAGCAAUAUGGCUGUAGCUCCACCUUGCUCUAUGAGAGGCAAGGUGGAUUUUUUUGCCAAACAUUUCUUAGUCCUGUCCAAUUUACUUUGAUCAACACAAGUGCCAAGGGGUAGGGGCUAGGGGUUGAUUCUUGACAGGGACAACGAUUUGAGGGGAGGUUAGGUGGGUGUGAAGUGGAGUUUGGUCGUUAAAACUGUGGAGAAGUGGUUCGUUCCCACUUUCUCAAGACCAGACUCAUUCAAGUGGACCAAGUAAAGCAAGGAAAUCAUGUAUUAUGAAUAGAUGGGGAACUAAAUUCACAGUAAAAGCAAUCAAAUGUAUUGUCAUUUAUUUGGGUCAACUGAACUCUGUUGUUGUGGCAAUAGUUCCUAAUUUGAACUUGUGAUCAUACAGCUGCCUUAUAUUAGCCUACCAGUCAAUACAUUCUCUGACUGUCCGUUAAUGUUUUAUACACUGUCUUCAAUAAACAAGUCUAAAUUAUGACCCAUA